GUCUCCUAAUUUCAUAAAUAUAAAUUUGAAGAAACCCACUGAGUACGUUCUCCCUAUCUGGCUCGAUCUUCAACAACAUCCAUUAUUACUGCUAGCUCGCCAUGAACUCCUCCGUCUUUCCAUUCCUGCUCUUUUUUAUCAGUGCAGCCGCCGCCUUCAAGUUUCCUCAGCCGCCCAUCAAAAACCCAUGGCUCGACUUCAAGAACCUCUCUGGUUGCCACCUCGGCGAGAACCGGCAAGGGGUCGCCCACCUCAAGGCUUACCUCUGCCACUUCGGCUACCUUCCGGCGGAGGGCCGAUCCAACUUCACCGACUCCUUCGAUAGCAUCCUCGAGGCGGCAAUAGCUGCCUACCAGCGCAACUUCCGCCUCGACGUGACCGGCGAGCUCGACGCGCCCACUUUGGAGCAACUUAUCACCCCGCGCUGCGGCGUGCCGGACAUCACCAACGCCACGUCCUCGGCCUUGCGCGGCCGCAACCUCUAUUCUUAUUUCGACGGCGCGCCGACGUGGCCGCCCGCCAAGACCCAGCUCAAGUACGCCAUCACAGCCACCUCUGCCGUCCAAAUCGACAUUGCGAGGCUCAGGGUCGUCUUCGAGCGCGCAUUCGCGCGGUGGUCCGCGGUGACCACGCUGGCAUUCGAGGAGACGGAAUCGGUGCCGGAGGCCGAUAUUACGAUCGGGUUCUACAGAGGCUCCCACGGGGACGAAGAUGAUUUUGACGGCCCCCUGGGGACACUGGCGCACGCGUUCUCGCCGACGGACGGGCGGUUCCAUCUGGACGCGGCGGAGGCCUGGGUGGCAGAAGGGGACGUGGCCGACGCGAGCUCGGACGAGGCGGUGGACCUCGAGUCCGUGGCGGUGCAUGAGAUCGGGCAUCUGCUGGGACUCGGUCACUCGUUGGCGCCGGAAGCGAUCAUGUACCCCACAUUAAGGACGAGGACCAAGAAGGUGGAACUGACGACCGACGACGUCGAGGGAAUACAGAGCCUAUACGGAAGAAAUCCCAACUUCAGGGAGGUGUCGCCCUCAGCGAGCAGUCCGGAGACGAACGCCGCCGCUCCCGUCCAUGGCCGGACGGCGGCAGCCGCGUGGACAGGGCGGCAAGUUUCCUGCAUCUUGGCGGGCAUAGUGAUUGGGCUCUUGCUUCUCUAAUUAAUUGAUAUGUUUUUUUAAGUUAUCUGUCUGUCUUCUUUUUAAAUUAACUAAAUAACAAAUUCUUUUGUUUGUCUUAUUA